CGUGGGGGUUUUCUGGAGAGUCUGCAAUCCGACCAUCCCGGCAAAACUUCGGUUUCCCGUCACUCGGUGCGAUGAAGUCAUGCCCUGAAAAAGACUCACUCCACUGACCUGACGGGGAAAGCUCGACACGAGGCUCUCCCCGGCCUCGAUUCGCCCAGCACCACCUGAGCUGGGGAAUUGUGGGGAUUGAAGUGGCAUUGCGGGAUGGUCUUUCUGCACGGAGUGUACCCGAGUCAAAGGGACCGGCAGCUGCUAUAAAGUAUCCCAUGGGUCGGUUCGACGAGAGAGGGAGUGAACAACCAGGAUCAUUCCGAUUUCACAAUGAAGACGACCGACGUGCUCCUGUCGGCGCUUUGGCUGGCAUCCGUUGAGGCCACCACUUGCCAGCCCCCCGGCCCAUUUACGGGCACUCCGUUCAGCUAUGUUCCCCCGGAAAAUACCACCGUCCUGACUCCCUACGGCCAUUCUCCCGCCGUGCAUCCGUCGCCGAAAACGACGGGAAAUGGGGGCUGGGAAAAGGCCAUGCACCAGGCCAAGCAUUUUGUUUCUCAAUUGACUGUCGACGAGAAAGCAUGGAUGGCCACGGGUCAGCCGGGUCCCUGUGUCGGCAACGUGCUGCCCAUCCCUCGGCUCAACUUCACCGGUCUCUGUCUUCAGAAUGGUCCCCAGUGCGUCCAGCAGGGCGACUUCUCCAGCGUGUUUAUUAGCGGCGUGUCGGCUGCCGCCAGCUGGGACCGGAAAUUGCUGUAUGACCGUGCCUAUGCCCAGGCACAGGAACAUAAACAGAAGGGCUCCCAUGUCAUCCUGGGUCCCGUUGCCGGUCCGCUGGGUCGCAGCCCGCACGGUGGGCGGUCCUGGGAAGGGUUCGCUGCCGACCCUUAUCUGACCGGGGUGUGUAUGGAGAAAUCCAUCUUGGGAAUGCAGGAUGCCGGAGUGCAGGCGAACGCGAAGCAUUUCAUCGCCAACGAGCAGGAAACGCAGCGCAACCCCACCUACCAGCCCGAUGCCAACGCAACCACCUACAUCCAGGAUUCGGUGUCUGCCAAUGUCGAUGAUCGCACCCUGCACGAGAUCUACAUGUGGCCAUUUGCCAAUGCAGCCAAGGCCCGCGUGGCCAGCUUUAUGUGUUCCUACAAUCGAGUGAACGGAUCGCAUGCCUGCCAGAACUCGUACUUGCUAAACCAUCUGCUGAAGGGCGAAUUGGGGUUCCAGGGCUACGUCAUGUCCGACUGGGGUGCGACCCACUCCGGAGUAUCGUCCAUCGAGAGUGGCAUGGACAUGACGAUGCCGGGUGGAUUCACGCUGUAUGGCGAGCUGUGGACGGAAGGAUCGUUCUUUGGUAAGAACCUAACGGAGGCGAUCCACAACGGCACUGUGAGCUCCGAUCGCAUUGACGACAUGAUUGUGCGUAUCAUGACUCCGUAUUACUGGCUCGGUCAGGACAAAGCCUCCUACCCCAGUGUAGACUCCCAGGUGGCUCUGCUCAACGUGGACUCCCCCAUCGAGGACUGGCUGCAUGACUGGAAGUUCACGGGAUCAAGCAACCGCGACGUCCGUGGGAACCACAGCGCCUUGAUCCGCGAGCAUGGCGCGGCGUCGACCGUGCUUCUCAAGAAUGAGCGAAAUGCGUUGCCCCUGCGCAAACCUCGCAACAUUGUCAUCGCUGGGAAUGAUGCCGGGCCGAUCAUCGACGCCGCUACCACGCGGUCUAAUGCCGAGUACGGGGUGUUGGUGAACUCUGGCUCCUCGGGGUCAUGUCGCUUGACCACCUUGUCUACGCCCCUAGAGGCCAUCACUGCUCGCGCACGCAGACAUGGCGGCAUUGUGCAGCCCUAUCUGAACAACACCCUGGUCGCGGAGAACUCUCUCCCGUCCCUCCUGACCGUCCAGUCUCCGGAUGUUUGCCUGGUCUUUCUCAAGUCCUACGGGCAGGAGGGCGAGGAUCGCCAAACAUUGAAGUUUGACUGGAACGGUAAUGAAGUCGUCGAGUCUGUGGCGAAAGACUGCAACAACACCGUCGUCGUCACCCAUUCUGCCGGCGUCAAUGUAUUCCCCUUUGCCGAUCACCCCAACGUCACAGCGAUUCUCGCGGCGCAUUAUCCUGGAGAGGAGGCUGGCAAUGCCAUUGCAGACCUGCUUUACGGCGACGUCAACCCGUCUGCCAAGCUGCCCUACGUGAUCGCCUACAACGAGUCCGACUACAACGCUCCGCUCACCACCGACUCCGCCACGAACGGCACCUACGACUGGCAGAGCUGGUUUGACGAGAAGCUGGAAGUCGGCUAUCGCUACUUCGAUGCCCACGAUAUCCCCGUGCGCUACGAGUUUGGAUUCGGGCUCAGUUACACGACCUUCAAUCUGACAACCCUGUCGCCCAAAGCCUUGGCUGCGUCUAACCUCACGGCGCUGCCCGAGGCCCGUCCAGUCCAACCCGGUGGCAAUCCCGCGCUGUGGGACACGGUUUAUUCGCUCACGUCGCGGGUCUCCAAUACGGGCGGGGUUGAUGGCUUCGCCAUUCCCCAGCUCUACGUGCAGUUCCCCUCCUCCACCCCGGCGGGCACUCCUCCGAACCAGCUGCGCGGCUUUGACAAGGUCUGGCUGCGGGCAGGAGAGACCAAGACGGUGACGUUUGAUCUCAUGCGUCGGGACCUCAGCUACUGGGAUGUCGUUGCCCAGGAGUGGCGCAUCCCCACCGGUCCGUUUACCUUUAAGGCUGGCUUCAGUAGUCGGGACUUCCGGGCGACGGCAACGGGGAGUCUGUUGAAAGAAUGAAUUUUCAUGAUUGAUCGGGUAUGACAUGACUCAACGCUACAUUUAUUCGAUGUAAAUAGAUACAAUAUAUUCCAGGUGUACGUGAUGCAUUGUGGAUUUUAAGGUGCCA